AUGGAAAUGAAACAGUUCAUAAGAUACGUGAAACGAAAGUUCAGUAAUCAGUACAAAGCUACAAUCGGAGCUGAUUUCUUAACUAAAGAGAUACAUUUUGAAGAUAGGCUUUUCACUUUACAGGUUUGGGGGUUGAUUUUGUUACAAAUAUGGGACACAGCUGGACAGGAAAGAUUCCAAAGCCUUGGUGUGGGAUUUUAUCGUGGUGCAGAUUGGUAUGUUCUUGUGCAUCAUGUGAAUGUGAUGAAGUCAUUUGAGAGUCUUAAUAAUUGGAGGGAAGAGUUUCUUAUUCAACCUAGUCCUUCUGAUCUAGAAAACUUUCCAUUUGUUGUUUUGGGAAAAAAGAUCGAUGUUGAUGGGGGCAAUAGUAGAGUGGUAAUAUGGUGUCGGAGAAGAAAGCAAAAAGCAUGGUGUGCUUCAAAAGGAAAUAUUCCUUACUUUGAAACAUCCACUAAAGAAGGGUUUAAUGUUGAAGCUGCUAAAGAAGGGUUCAAAAUGGAAAUGCGGUUAGGGUUUUCAAAAUCUUACCUGCAUAAAGAACUCGAUCUCCUAAUCGAGCUUCAACAUAUUUCAUCUGCAUCUGAAGUAGAACACAGAAGAUCGAAAACCGUUGAUGGUCGACGUGGUGCCCCUCAGGGCUUCCUGGGUUUACGCAUAGGAUCGAUUCCAUAUCAGCAGAAGUAG